AUGGAAAAGUCAUUUGCCGUUGCCCUCCUUGUUUCUGCUUUCUGUUUCUCUUCUGCAUUGGCUCGUAACACACCUGCUGAUUCCAAUGAUACGUUUUUCGUUGAAGGCAAGAUUUAUUGUGAUCCUUGCCGCUUCGAAUUCGAGUCCAGACUUAGCUACCCAUUGGCAGAUGUGAAGAUUACUUUGCAAUGCACGAAGGAAGAAAGUGAUAACGUGAUAUUGGUGAAGGAGGCCAAAACCGACGCAAAUGGCAAAUAUAGCAUUCCUGUGGAUGGUGAUCACGAGGAAGAGAGAUGUAUGGUGACUGCUGAGGCACCUACUGAAGGGAAGUGCAAGAGUAGCAUGACAAUCAAGUCUGAUAGAAUUCUGUUGACCACCAACAUGGGUGUCUCUUCCUUGGCUCGCUAUGCCAAUCCCCUUGGGUUCAUGACACAGACAGCUGAUCCACAAUGUUCCUCAGUUGUCUCCGAGUUGGAAUUAGACAAAUUUGAUGACUAA